AUGGAGCUCAACCUUGCCUCGUAUGUGUCCAUUUUUCUCUUCGUCCUCUCCGGCACGUACGUCUACUACAGGACACGGAGCCGGUUGCCGCUGCGGCUCCCGCCCUCGCCGCCCGGGUGGCCUGUGAUCGGCCACCUCCACCUGAUGACGGACAUGCCCCACCACGCACUCGCAGAGCUGGCCAGGAGCAUGCGCGCUCCGCUCCUCCGGCUUCAGCUCGGGAGCAUCCCGGCCGUGGUGAUCUCCAAGCCCGACCUGGCCCGCGAGGCGCUCACCACCAACGACGCGGCAAUGGCGUCCCGGCCACACCUCCUCUCCGGGCAGUUCCUCUCAUUCGGCUGCUCCGACGUCACGUUCGCGCCGGCGGGGGCCUACCACCGCAUGGUGCGGAGGGUGGUCGUCUCCGACCUCGUCUCGCCGCGCCGCGUGGCCACCUACGGAGGCUUCCGGGACGAGGAGCUCCGCCGCCUCCUCGCGCACCUCACGGAGAGCGCCUCGACGGAGGAGACCCCCGUCAACCUCAGCAAGUGCCUCCUCAACCUGGCCAACGAUGUGCUCUGCCGCAUCGCCUUUGGCCGCCGGUUUCCGCACGGCAAGGACGACAAGCUCGCCGCGGUGCUCGCCGAGUCGCAAGACCUCUAUGCCGGAUUUGCCAUAGGCGACUUCUUCCCGGAGUUGGAGCCUCUCGCAAGCACCCUGACGGGACUCCGCCGCCGGCUGAAGAGCUGCCUGGCCGACCUCCGCGAGGUCUGUGACGAAAUCAUCGAGGAGCACAUCAGCGGCGAGCGCCAGUGCAUCCCCGGCGACCGAGAUGAGGACUUCGUCGACGUCCUCCUCCGCGCCCAGAAGGCGCCCGACCUACAAGUCCCACUCACCGACGACAACCUCAAAUCCAUCGUCUUGGACAUAUUCAUCGCCGGCACAGACACGACGUUUGCGACCAUAGAGUGGACGAUGACAGAGUCCUAA